AUGGAGCAGGUACAGGGGAACCACGCGAGCAUUCUGUUGACGAAGGCCGAUGGGUCUGUCGUGGACAGUCCGCACAUCGAGCAGGAGCUGGGGCGGGGAGCAGGGGAGGGGGAGGGCCUGGGGGAGGGCACUGAGAAGACUACGAGGCCAGAAGUAGCACCUCACACACCAGCAGCCACUGGCGUGGCUACAAGUACAGGUGCAGGUGCUGGAGCUGGUGCCGGGGCCGUUCAAUUCGACAGCGAGCAGAUAGAGCGUGGUCGGUCCCGGAUGAAGCGCAGGGACGCGAAGCGUGCAGAGGCGCGCUCGAACUCAGGGUCCCGCUCUAGGUCAGGUUCACGGUCGCGGUCCCGUUCGAGAUCGUUCUCGCGGUCGCGGUCGCGGACUUCGUCGCGGGCGUCGUCCAGGAUCCGCGAGGAGGAGUUCUUGAAGUGGACCGUCCUGAGACAGGACCCGUCGAUGCGGCUGCACCACUACAGAGUGGACUACAAGAACGGCAAGGGCCGUGGCGAGGAUGACGAUGAUGAGGAGGAAGAGGAGGAAGAGGAGGAGGAAGAUGACGAAGAUGAUGAAGAUGACGAUGAAGAUGACGAAGACGAUGACGGGGAUGACGACGAAGAUUCCGAAUCCGACGAGGAAUCCGACGAGGAACAAGUGAGCGACGUGGAGAACGACGCGGAGAUCGACGAGAAGUUUACGUACGACCUGGGGACGAAAACUUUGCCCAACUUCUGCGUGAGCAUCAACGAGGUGAUCAGCUCCGCGGAGCCCUGGAUCCGGCAGUACGACGCUGACCACGGUGAGUCCCAAGAGAAGAUCGAUGUCCGAGACGUCGAAGGAGGGUACGUACGUGCCGUCGAAUUGCUCACGCGCGGGAAAGGUGCCUCUCCACAAGCAGACACUUACAUCGUGUACUCUGACCUCUCAAGCGAAUCGAACUACGCACUACUGUACGUUCUGGGAACGCUUGUCGGUAACGGUGACACCGUGUACGUCGUGCACUGGCACUCUGACCGCGGUGGAGGCGCGGUCACGCACUCCGAGGUUCGCAGCAACGUCCGCAACUUGCGCCGCAAGGCGUUGCACUUGUUCGACUGUCUCUCCGCAACAGUCGACGACCUCGAUAUCGUGUUGCUCUCCACGACACACCCGUACCCGAAACACCUCCUCAACGAGAUGAUCAACGCACUGCACCCGGUGGCACUCUGUUGCUCGCUGUCCAUCGUCCUCAGCCUGCUCCAGAACUUCGUCUGCAGCGUCCCAACCUUCGUCAUCCGCAAGAAACUCAAGCGUGCCAAGCGCAAGGGCAUUUCGGAUUAA